UACUGGUGCCAGAAUUUCUUACCAUCAAUGUUCUGUCUACGCCCCGAAACUCACUCCUUGACCCCAUCCCUUUUGCUUGAUUGAUGUGGUUCUUAUCUUUCAGAUCCUAAUAUAUAGCUCCUACAGCUACUUGGCCUGAGAAGCCACCUCAGAUUCAGCCAACAGAGAUUGUUGAUUUGCCUCUUAAGCAAGAGAUUCAUUGCAGCUCAGCAUGGCUCAGACCAGCUCAUACUUCAUGCUGAUCUGCAUGAUGUUCCUGUCUCUGAGCCAAGGCCAAGAGACCCAGACAGGAUUGCCCCAGGCCCGGAUCAGCUGCCCAGAAGGCACCAAUGCCUAUCGUUCCUAUUGCUACUACUUUAAUGAAGACCGUGAGACCUGGGUUGAUGCAGAUCUCUACUGCCAGAACAUGAAUUCGGGCAACCUGGUGUCUGUGCUCACUCAGGCAGAAGGUGCCUUUGUGGCCUCACUGAUUAAGGAGAGUGGCACUAAUGACUUCAAUGUCUGGACUGGCCUCCAUGACCCUAAAAAGAACCGCCGCUGGCACUGGAGCAGUGGGUCCCUGGUCUCCUACAAAUCCUGGGACAUUGGAGCCCCAAGCAGAACGGAUCCUGGCUACUGUGUGAGCCUGACCUCAAGCUCAGGAUACAAGAGUUGGAAGGAUGUGCCUUGUGAAGAAACGUUCUCCUUUGUCUGCAAGUUCAAAAGCUAGAGGCAGCUGGAAAAUGUCUAGAACUGAUCCAGCAAUUACUACAGAGUCAAAAAUUAAACCGGACCAUCUCUCCAACUCAAUGUGGACUCACUCUUCUCUGCUGAAUUUGCCUUGUUAAUGUUAGUAUUUUACUCAGCCCAGUCUUUGGAACCCUAGAUAAUGAAAAUAAACACGUUUUCAC